UUUAAUAUAUUUGUAUUUUUUUAAAUAUUUUAGAUUUUUAGCUAAUAAAAUAUAAUUUAUUUUAGAAAUUCCAUUUUGUUAUAUCAAUAAAACUUUUUCUUUUGGUAUAUUUAUAGAUGGAUAUAACUAAAAGUAAAAAAACUACAUCAAAAGAUUCUUCAGACCAACUAGCAUACUCAACCCUUUUAUAUGAUGAAUUUUUCAUAAUCAUACCUAUUUAUUUUGGAUUUUUGUAAUAAAUAUUCUUUUAUGUUUAAACCUAAGCAUAUCAACCAAAUGCACUUAUUACAGAGAUUUAAAUAUUUGCAAAAUUUACUUUCAGAAUAUGAAUCAAAGGUGGAUAAUGGUUUUAAAAUUAUUAUUAUUAAUUUAUUAUAUUUAUAUAAGAAUCAAAAGAACAAAUUUUAGCUAAUUUAGCAAAUUUUUCUUAUGACCCUUUAAAUUAUGAUUAUAUUUUUCAAUUAAACAUAAUUGAACUAUUUUUAGAUAACUUAGAUGAAAAAAAUGAAUAUUUAGUAACAUAUUCCAUCAAUGGACUUUGUAAUCUUUGUUUUGAUGCCAAAAUUUGUGAACAUAUUAUAAAAAAUAAUGGCAUUGAGCUCAUUAACUUACAUUGUUUAGGAAGAGUAAAUGAAGAAAUAAUUAUAGCUACUUUAACCAUAUAUGUCAUCAUUUACAAUAUUUACAAAUCAAAUUAUGAAAAAAAAUAUAUUCGGAGUAUCAAAAAUUCCCCCUAAUAUACUAAAAAAGUUAAAAGUUCUUUGUGGUGGUUUAACAUCAACAGAAUUCACUGACUGUUGGAACAUCUAUGACCUAGAUGGAAAUGGUUUCAUUGAAGGAGAAGAAUUAAAAAAUUUACUAAACGAUCUUAUUAAUCGCGCUUUGAUACACAGGAAUCUGGAUGAACAGGAAAGCAAAAAACUACUCAAACAAUUUCUCAAUGAAUUUGAUAUUAAUAAAGACGGUAAAUUGGAAAUAGGAGAAUUGGCUCGAAUAUUAGAACCGGAAGAAAAUUUUUUGGCUUUAAUCAGAUAUGAUCUACCUUUAAUGAAUGGAUAUGAUUUUAUAAAGGUAUGGUCAAAAUUUUCGGGGAAUAAAGAUUUUAUUCCUUCAAAUGAAGUCAAGAAUUUCGUAAGAUAUCUCCUGCAGUUGCAAAAUAAAACCGUAAAUGAUAAUAAAUUGGAAGAAUAUGCUCAAUCGCUGAUUAUGUUAUAUGAUAAAAAUAUGGAUGGGGUAUUAAGUUUUAAAGAAAUGUCAAGAAUUAUUUCACCUGAAGAAAAUUUUAUGCUAAAAUAUAAGGAAGAUUACUAUUUAAGUAACAAUGUCUUUUGCAAAAUAUUUGAUCAUUACGAUAAAAACAACGAUGGUAUUUUAGAAGAUAAUGAAAUUAUAGCUUUCAUUCGGGAUAUAUUACAAACCAUAAAUAUUGAUUCUACCGAAAAGGCUGAAGAGAUGGAAAAAUUUAGAAGAAUUAUGUUAAAAUUAUGUGACCAAAACAAAGAUGGCUUAUUUCAACGUGAGGAACUUGCUCUAUGGCUUGGUGUCCAUAUUUGAUUUAAAUUCCUACACUCCUCUAUAAACAUUCUCACGAUUUGAAUAUAUAUUAAUAUAUGGAAAUUUAAAAUCAUUAUUUAUAAGUGUUUUUUUUUACUAAUUAAUAAAUAAAUUAAAAAAUUACAGACAUAAAAAACGAUUUCGUGUUAAUAAAUUGCAAUAAUAAAUAUAUAUAUAUAAUUAAU